AUGCGUGUGCUUAUCAGCGAGCUUAGGGCUGAACGGGUCAUCAUGUUCAUGGCCAUUUCUGCGCUGACGUGGACUCAUCUCUUAAGGCGUGAAGGAGGCUCGCGUCAGGUUUAUGCCCAGAGGUGGAGGAGGCUGACGUUCAGCUUCAAGCCGCUGACCACCCAGCUGUGCAUCAUUUCGCCCGACACGGUCACCAUCCACAACGGUGCAAAGUCCAAAGCAACAUGCGGGCCGGGGAGUCGGCUGCGCCAAAAUCCACGUUCGGUGUGCAAUAUGAUGAUGGAUGAGCCGGGAUGA